AUGUCCGGCGAGCUUGUGAAUCAUGCCGUCAAAGAAAAACUAAAUGCACGGGUGAUAAGUCCGGAUGUCGAAACUGCCGAGAGGCAGGCAUUAUAUGCUGCUACACUGAUGGAAAGAGGGAAAAAUCCAAAAGUACAAACUUACGAGGAAGUAAUCCGAAAAAUGAGUUUGCGCUUCGGAGUGUCUGACGAACAGCUGAUGAGCAAUGCCAUGACUUCAGACUCAAAACAGGCUGCUCUUGGUGAUGAGUCUGAUACAGCAUCGGUCUUGACAAAAGCUCGCUCAAUUUUUGCCGGCGAUGGUUCGCAGUGUAGAUCACGGUCACCAUCAGCUGGAACAUUUUCCGGAACCGACCGGGUAGAGGAGGAUUUCAAUAGGGACAGUACAUCAAGGGCGACUGGUUAUAUUGGGAAAAGCUCUGAGAUGUGCUGGCUGCAAAAUUUGCGCCAGAAAGUCAACGGCGAUAUCCCGGAGACGGGGCAGUCAUCUUCUCCUCCAACACCUCCUGGUAACGACGACGAUGGCCUCAUUGCCUCAAUUAAUUUUUAUGCCGAUAACAAAGACUUUGACUUCGCCGAAGACGUACAAGCAUACGCAAUACCUUCUAAUAAAAGUGCAGAAACGCUUCUUAGAGCUUAUUUCAAAUCGGUCCAUCCCUCGUUCCCAAUUAUCGGAAUGUCGACAUUCAUAUCUCAGUAUCAGAUGUUCUUUAGUCAGCCAGGAGUCAAACCAGGAAAUAAGUGGCUCGCUAUUUUGAACCUCAUUUUUGCCACCGCUGCAGUGUAUGCACGACUUGUGGUAGCCGAUUGGAAAAUGGAAUUAGAACAUCAUACCGUCUACUUUAAAAGAGCGCGAGUGCUGAGCAUGCGAGAUACGCUUUUCGAUCAUCCCGAUUUGCAGCAGCUGCAGAUUGAAGGCCUGACAUCCUUUUAUCUUCUAGCUACAGGGCAAAUCAACCGAUCCUGGAAAGUUUCUGGGAGUGCAAUUCGAGGAGCAAUAUCUCUUGGGCUUCACCUACGAAAUGUGGGAAUCUCGACUUCAGAUGCGUCUAAAGAAAUUCGAUAUCGUGUCUGGUGGGCUCUAUAUACCUUGGAUCACAUGUUGAAUGUGAUUACAGGUCGGCCAUCCUGCAUUGUUGACGGUGCUUGCACAACACCUGUUCCGAUUCCUUUCGAUGAGAGUGACUUUCAGAAGACAGAGGCCGCUCAGAUGCUAGGCAAUCAUUCUAGGAAGGGUUCCUGGAUUCAUGAAUGGAAUCCUUCUUCCUCCACUCUACCUAGACCCUCUCAAGCCGGUGAUAACAAAACAGAACCUGUUGUUAUCAAAUCUGAAACAGGGAAUUCUGAUUGGCUCAAGUCUCUGCCACCGAGCAUGUCAUUGUACUUCUUUCAUUUGGCAUCUCUGGCAUCGAUCUCAAAAAGGGCAAAUAUGAAACUUUACAGUAGUGAAGCGAUGCAGGCGCCCUGGGCAAGCCUCGAAUUUACUAUCCAGAGCUUGACAUUGGAGAUCAACGCAUGGCUAGCGACUCUUCCGAAAUCCUAUGAUUUCAGUUUGUUACCUGAUUCGCCUAACCUCCUGGCUCAAAAGACCGGGCUAGCCUUUGCAUACUACAGUACCAAGAUUUCAGUCAGCCGGCCCUGUCUCUGCCAACUCGAGAAGGAUUGUCAGACCGAAGGGAUCUAUGAAUUUUGCAGCAAAACGGCAGCACAAUGUGUCGAUGCCGCCACUCAGAUGAUCAACAUACUGCCUGGGACAAUAGAAGCCCAAGCUUUAUAUAAGGUAUCGCCAUGGUGGUGUACACUUCAUUAUAUCAUGCAAGCUACUACGGUGCUUCUCCUGGAAUUAUCGUUUCGGGCUGAACAUGUUCCCGAGAGGGCCGUUGAAGUGUCACAAGCAUUGAAAAAGGCAGUCAAAUGGCUUUUCGAGCUUUCUCAUUCCAGCGAUUCGGCACAUCGAGCAUGGAAGCUGUGUGAUAGUUGUCUUCGCAUUCUUGCGCAACCAUUGAAUCUGGAUAUCAGUGACCUUCCGGACGAAGAGCUAAUGAUUGAUCCUUCGGACAGUUUUGCUUCUGUUUUAGAAAGCUCCUUGUUGGAACAACAGAUUCCAACGCCGUUGCCCUACCUGGAGUCGGACGCCUUUGACUUCCUGGAUAAGAAUCAAAUGCAACAAAGUCAAUCUCAGGCACCCUUGCAAACCAAUAAUUUCGAUGAAUAUCUGCCCUAUGACCCAAGUACUGGUCAAAUUACAGGCUCAUUCUUUCCAUCAAGUGCCGGUAUCGAUAUGGAUUUUGAUUAUAUGUGGGACAGCUCUGUAUUUUGA